UGCUUGAACAAGCCACAAUACAUAUCUCCAUAAGGUCUGCGAUUCUACAUGCAUUUGAUUUGUUGUUUUCAAGGCUAAUUUAAAAUGCAUGUCAAAUCUACUUUCGUAAACAACAGAAUACCAUUAGAGGACUCCCCCUGUGAACCACCCAGUGAAGCAAUUAGUCGAGCUCAUCGUUUACAGGACUAUAAUAGUAGCCUCUAUAAAAGCCAAUGAACGUCAUGUUGAGCUCCAUAGUUUACCAUGACGCAUCAAGUCGGGAAGGAGAAAAAGAGCAAGCCACAAGCGGAAGAUUCUCUUGUGCCCGCAGAGCACGAUUGGUGGGCAGAGUUUUGCCAGGAAUCUUCGGUACAUGGGAUGCCGUAUUUGGCUCGCAGGGAUCUGCAUUGGACCGAACGAAUAUUCUGGUUGCUGACUAUUGUGGCAGCCACUUACUAUGCGAUCAGCAGUUGCUUUUUGCAAUGGAAGCGUUUUCGCGAUAAUCCCCUCGUUUACGAAUAUGAAUACAUUUAUAUGCUCCGCAAUUUCUCUUUGCCGGGAAUCACAAUUUGUACGUUAUUCCCCAGACUAACAAACGCAGAUAAACUGAUUUACGACACUUGGAAUGUAAAACCAAACGAAGACAUAGCAAAGGGCGAUUAUUAUCGCUCCUUUCUGGUUACACUAACAAACGUGCAGUACAACAACAUGCAAAUUCUGGAGCCCUACGAAAAAGAUCCGACUCUGGCGGACAUUGACAUAGUUAAACUAUUGCUAGAACUGCAUAAGGAAAUCAGUCCUGCGGUUAACAAAAGCAACGAACCUCAACCGCUUGUACCGAACCUCACCGAAAUGGGACUGUGUCAGACGAACUCCAGACUAACUCGCUAUGGAAAUCCAUAUGGAAAGCUAAAGGAUAUGAAAGUGAUACCGGUAAGAAAUGGCAGCUUUUUCAGUCCCACUCAGAUACAGCUAAAGCCAUACUAUAACUACACCGUAGUGCAAUUGUUCAUGCAUGAUGUCAACGAGAUGAUGCUGCCUCAAGAUCGUCGCACGGUGAGCGUCUAUACAGGUAUCAAAGUAUUCUAUUCGAUAAGGGUAAAGCUUAACACAAUAUCGGCUGAGGAUGAAGUGACUCAUGUGCCCAUUGCCUAUCGCAAGUGUCGCUAUACCAAUGAAGCUAACCUCAAGUAUUACAGUGUUUAUUAUCCUAGUCUGUGUCGCAUGGAGUGUCGCAUCAAUCGCGCCCUGGAACUGUGCAAAUGUAAACCAUUCUUCUAUGCCGCUGGACCCAAAAAUGUAAUCUGCAAUAUCAAUGGAAUGCUGUGUUUGCAGCGCAGAAAGUGGCUGGACAAACCCUGUGAUUGCUUGCCCUUAUGUAAAGAGAAUAGCUUCAUUGUCACAGAAGAUCUCGGUCAGAAUUCAGGCGGCGACGAUUACAAAGGUGAAGGUUAUGAACGAAUGAUCCAAAUCCAUGUGGAGUUGCCCAAAAUGGGCAUGAAGCGCAGAGUUGUCUUUAGCACGGAUCAACUGAUUAUGUCCUUUGGCGGUGCUAUUGGACUUUUUCUAGGUGCUAGCUUCAUGACCAUAUAUGGCUUGAUAUAUUUGGUAUUGUAUUUCAUAAUAGUCAAAUGCAAAUCUACGACUUUUUGUAAGAAAAAAGCUACAGUACAAAAUGCUUAGGUAACACGUUAUAAGCUAUGUUCAAAAUAUCUAAUAACUUUAUCUAUUUAUAUCACAAUCUUGCCCAAUUUUAUAACACAUUUAACAAUGUUGAAGUUGGUGUUGUGAUAAAGUUUUUCACCAUGUUUUUGUCUAGCUUUUUAGGUAAAGUAAAAACGUGUUGUUUUAAAGUAGAAACUAAUUUUCUUGCCUAUUACGUAGUCAUUAAUGAGCUUAAUGUGUAUAUGAGUGGCUAGAAAAGCAGCAACAAUAAAAAAAACCUUUAAGACGCACACACCACACAAUUUCUAUUGUUGUUAGUGUUGUUGUUGCCUCAAGUGAGGAAGCCAAAAAAGUGGCAAACGUGGCAAGGGAAAGAAAGCGUUGCUCUAAAGCGAAUUUCACUUUUGCGGAAAAUAAAA